AAAACAUCGCCUCUUCCCUGCCAAUCUGUCCUCCACGACUUCUCUUACCUCAGUCAGACUCCGAAUGCACAGAUAUGCGGGGAAAUGUCAACUUCUAGCUUUUUUCAUGUCACCUCCACUUGGUCCAGGAAUCUGUGGCCCUGAAUCGGAACGUUAAAUGGCUUCUCUGCUUUCCUGCCGUGAGGUACUCGAGGUGACAACUUCCGUUUCCGUUUGGCUCCGGCUGUAGGGUUGAAUAUUGAAUGUCCUGAGAGGUCAGAUUGCUGUCAGACAUGGCCCAUGGACAUGGACAUGAACAUGGUCAUAGUAAAAUGGAACUUCCAGAUUAUAAACAAUGGAAGAUAGAAGGGACUCCAUUAGAAAAUGUCCAGGAGAAGCUUGCUGCACAAGGGCUACGGGAUCCAUGGGGCCGCAAUGAAGCUUGGAGAUACACGGGUGGCUUUGCAAACAAUGUUUCCUUUGUUGGUGCAAUACUAAAAGGAUUCAAAUGGGGAUUUGCUGCAUUUGUGAUAGCUGUAGGGAUUGAAUAUUACCUGGAGUCCAAGAAAGAAGAUAAGAAGCAUCACUGAAGACGAUACCUGGAAGUAUCUUAGUGGCUUCUUUACUCUCUUAUAAAGAUGAGAUUUCUUCACUGUAGCCUACUCAUCUGUGUGUUUGUCCCUUAAAGAAUACUAAUAAGAUUUAAUAAAGAAUACAUGUGCUAGUC